AUGUCCGGAACAGAUAAUAAUCCGAGGAAGCGGAAAGCCGAGCCCCGCGAACGGCAAGAUGGCGGCGACAAAAGAGCUAAGGGCAAAAGAACCUGGGAUAUGCCCCGUAGGGGUGGGAUACAAUCUCGGGCUAUCAAGCCCGGCGAUGCGGGCAUCUGGGCAACAUGCGCUAUGAAGAAGGAAGCAAAAUCAGUCUCUGACCUACGAGAUUUGUUCCAAGAGUACGCUACUACGCUGUAUGGGACGGCUGAGUCCAACGGAACGGCUGCAGAAGACAGCUCUGACUCCGAAGGGGGCGACAUUGAAGCUGAGAUCAAAAAAGAGCUCGCCGAUAUUCGUAAGCCGACUACGAAGCCAUUGUUCACAUCCCUCAAGCUCGAUACCCAAUGCUUGAUGUUCUUCAGGACACGCUCACCUAUCGAACCUGUCUCCUUUGUUCACAAGAUCUGUCAGGACAUUUCAAAUGGCGCUCAGCCAAAGAAUCUACGCUACGUUAAACGACUAACACCCAUUACUGCAACCGAUAAAGCCACCCCUCAGGGUCUUGAAGCUGUCGCGAGAGAGGUCCUUGCACCCCACUUCCAUGGCGCAGAUCAAGCAGGGAAGAAGUUUGCGAUACGCCCAUCGAUACGUAACAACAAGGAGUUUUUGAGAGACGGCGUCAUCAACACAAUCGCAGCCGUGGUUGGUCCUGGGCACAAAGUCGACCUGAAAAACUAUGAUCUUCUUAUUCUUGUGGAAAUUUACAAGAACGUCUUGGGUAUGAGCGUGGUUGGUCCCGACUUUGAGAAGCUCAAACGUUUCAACAUCGAAGAGCUUCGUCAGCCACUGUCUUCUGUCAAAUCAGAAGUCGACGGUCAGUCAGGCAAGACAAAUGAAAACAACAGUGCUUGA